AUGUGCUACAAAGUCGUCGAACGCUACUCCGUCUGCAAAUGCGUCUACUUCCAACACUCCAUCGACCCCUGUUCCGCCUACGGCCAACGCGGCCACUCCGUCCAAGAAAAGACCGUUCUAGUCGGUUAUGCCUGCUCUCGACAUUCUGCGCGCGGCGCUUCCUCGCCUGAUUCUGGUUAUUCUAGUUCCAAGGGCUCGUAUCGGUAG